AUGGUGGCGAACGUGUCUCCGAACCACGUGAGCUACGAGGACACCCUGAACACGCUGAAGUAUGCGAAUCGCGCCAAGAACAUCAGGGUGAGCGCUCAGCAGAACAUCGUCGAGCCGGACGCCCACGUGAGCCAAUACGAAAAGGCCAUCGCGGACCUCAGAAGUGAGGUCUCGCUCCUGAAGGCCCGGCUCGCGAAGCGCCAGACGGCCCCCGGGGGCCGGCAGGCGCUGGCCGGGUGGCAGGAGGAGGAAGACGCGGAGGAGGCGGAGCAGGACGGCAGCGGCGUCCAGGAGGCGAGCGAGAACUGGAAGAUCGAGGUGGUUAGGAACCUCGAGGGCCGCACGCAGCUGCAGCGCUCCCUCAUCGAGGUGGACCGCGGCCUGUCGCGGUGGCGGGUGGAGCAGGCCCAGGCGAGGGAGGCCAUCGACGGCUGGAACGAGAGCCAGGGCAGCUCGUCGCCCUACACCCCGAGAACCGUGGCGCGUCGAGCACGACCCUCCGUGCCCACGCUGGAGGACUGGAAGGACCAGCUGUCCCAGAUAGAGGAGUCCAUCCGCGAGCACGAGGACACUCGCCGGAAGAUCGAGGAGAAGCUGGAUCAGAACAAGGUGCAGGGGAAGGAGCUGCAUGCCCAGCUCGCGCAGCGGGUGCUCAACGAGGACCUGCGAGCCUUCCUCGAGAUGAUCCAGCGGGUCCAGGUGUUGGAGGUGGAACGGCUCGAGCUCGACCAUCUGUGGGAGCGCCAGCGGAGCCAGCUGGAAGAGCGCGACCAGGAGAUCGUCAUGCUUCGGGAGCAGCUGCGCCUGCGCAACGUGCACAUCGGCGAGCAGCGGGAGCUGCUCUCCGCGGAGCGGCAGCAGCUGCUGCCCCUGCCAGGCCGCGUGUCGCUGCUGGGCACCACCCUGGCGCAGGGCUCCCCGGGGCAGCAGCGCGGCCCCCUCCGCGUGAUGCAGGCGUGGGCGCCGCCGCCGACGAAGGACCAGGACGAGGUGCCGACCCUGAGCAGCAGGCCGCUCCGCGCAACCUCGCCGAGGCCGAGAUCUCCGGGGCUGGAGGGGCAGAAGCCUGGUGGCGAGUUCCCCAUAGGGGACCUGGCCCCGCAGCUGCCCUGCCCGGGCCUGCCCAUCAACUGGCGCAACCUGGAGCUGCCCAAGGCCUCCCAGAUACACGGCAUCGCCCGCAUCUUCGCCGACGGCGGAGCGCUGGACGCCGGGGGGGGUGGCGGGAGCCGCCCCCGCCGGUGCUGUCGCCGGGCAGGUUCCGCCCUGGCAGAGGUGGCGACGCGGGCGCCGAUGAGCGCGCGCCGCCAGACCGCCUGGUGA